CAAUGUGAUUAUCCCCAUCAUGUGAUCGACAGCCGGGUAUGAAAGAGGGCCUUUUAUUUAGUGUGGAAGCAGUUCUCAGAGGUCUGUGGACGGGGAGAAGCAACACCGCGUCCUCUUCUGCUCGGGUUUGAUCAUGUCAUGAUCAUCUGACCUUGGCAGAGGGGCUGAAAACUUGGCAUUUGCUGGUGUUUUUGUCAUGGACCAUCACACCUCAGGGCAACAAACGCAGCACAACCAAUCCACAAGCUUUCAGUGGCUUUCUUUUGCAUACCAGAGUCUGACUGAAAUCCCCUAUGACACCAUAUUAACGCAGACUGAAACCCUGGAGGUUCUGGACCUGAGUUACAAUCUGCUGGAUGAGAACCCGGUUCUUCUGGGUCAGCUGGAGAAGCUCAGCACUCUGAUCCUGGACUGUAACAACUACACGUCUCAUGUCAAGUUUCCCUACAUGCCGAGCGUCACCACCGUCUGCAUCAACAAGAACAAGAUCAACAACCUGCCAGUGUUCGUGGAGGAAAUUAGAAGAAAGUUCCCAAAUAUUAAGAUCCUCAGCAUGAUGAACAACGAGGCUGCACCCAGUUACUUUAAUGGAGGAAGUCUGACCCAGUAUAAGGACUACAGACAGUAUGUCAUCAGUCAGAUCCCAGGUCUGGAGAUUCUGGAUGAUACCGAGGUUAUGGAAAAGGAGCGAGUCCUGGCCAGAAAAACCUACAGACUGCAGCGGUUCAGUCACAGCAGCAGCAGGAAGAGGAAAGAUGAUUCAUCCAAGAAACACACACGCAUACAGAAAAAGAAGAACACCGUCAUCUGACAAUAGGAUUCAUAUGUUCUACAACCAUUAAGUUCUAUCAUCAGCAAAAUCCCGCACAUUGUAGCUUAUUGUAUCAUAUCAAUAAUAGAAUGAAAUAUACAAAUAUUAUGUUUUGUAUAGCUGUACAUGACAAUAAAUGGAAAUAUGUGUUUC